AUGAUUUCAUCUCAACAGUUUUUCAAUGCAGUAACCAGAAAUGGCUUUCCUAGACCGAGCCAAGCACAAUACAAUGGGUUUAUUCGUGCAGUUGAUUAUGCGGGUAUAAACAGCAGAAGAGAAGCUGCAAUGUUUUUAGCACAAUUAAUCCACGAAUCUGGAGGGCUACAAUUUAAAGAAGAGUUGGCAUAUAAAAAUGCCUAUUCUGACCCUUACACCAGUCAUCUUGACAGACCUGGGAAAAGGUAUUAUGGAAGAGGAUAUAUUCAGCUUACUUGGGCUGAAAACUAUCUGAAAGCUUCAAGAGCUAUUUUUGGAGAUGAUACCUUAUUAAAUGAUCCUGAUAAGGUUGCCAGAGAUGAAGACAUAGCUUUCAUUACAGCAGGAUGGUACUGGAAAACACGAGUAGGAAAUAUCCGUGGAGUAAAGGAAGGAAGGUUCGGAGAAUCCACAAGAGCUAUUAAUGGAGCAGUGGAAUGUAAUGGACAAAAUGUUGAUAAGAGCAGACAGAGAUUUAGAUACUACUGUACUGUAUUCGAUGAAUUUGAUUGUCCUGGAUCUCCAAAUGAGUGUGGAUGCUAUAACUGA